UUUUGCGUUUUGAAUCGGAGGGCGUUUUAACCGACGCAGCUUACGGUGAGGAGAAACACGGACUUGUGCGCGGAUUUUUGUUCAAAAAGCGAAAUAAACAUUCACACACCAACAUGGAUUUGGACUCCAUGAAAUAUGCAGAAUUGCGAUGUCUCGCUAAGGAGCUCGGGCUCAAGGCGAACAUGAAGGCCGACAAACUUCUGAAAGCCAUAAAGCAGCAUUAUCAGCAAGAAAAAAAAGAAUCGGAGGAGCAGAGGCGAGACAUUGAUAAUGCCCUAAAAAAUGAAAAUGAAGCUCAGGAGAAAUCUGAGGAUGGUCAGGAUUCAUCUUGCAAAGAAGAACUUUCCAAUACUGCUGGCUUUGUGAACACACGUCGAGGGAAAAGAAACGGUACCAAGAGAAAGAUCUCUGAUACUGCAACACUGACUAAGGGUGAUGCCGAGAUACCUCCUAAUGCUGCAAAGGGUGACACUGAAAUAGAUGCAUCUAGUGCACCCUGCAGUGCUAGGGGUUCUAAGAAGAGAAAGGUGUCCUCUGCCAAAGAUACAGACAAAACAGCAGAGGAACCUCCAAAAAAACUCCAGACCACUAACAUUAAGGAUGAAGCACCUGUGGCUGCUGAAGCAGAAAAGGCAGCAAAAGUGGCAAAAGCUGGGAAAAUUCCUCGUCUCCAGCAGAGGAGCAAGCCUUUGUUGAAGCCUGUUACCCCCAAUUUCAAAAAACUCCAUGAGGCACAUUUCAACAAGAUGGAGUCCAUUGACUCCUAUGUUCAGCGGAAGACAAAACAGUUGGAAACAUAUAGAAGUUCAGUCAAAGAACUAAAGAAUCUUUCAGACAAAACUAAACUGCAGCAAGUUGAUAGCAAAGCUCAAGUGAGGGCAAAUCCAACUCGUGCUUCCAUGUUCAGCCCUGCUCUGGUGAACAAGACACCAGGUGGAGAAAAUCGUAGGCACACUUUGCUCUCGGCCACCAAAAAACCACUUGCUGCAAAGGAAGAAGUUCCCUUCAGGCCUUCUGUCCUUUCCACUCGCAGGAUCAACGUUCGGUUCUCAGAAGCUACUCGUGACAAUGAAAAUAAAAGGUCACUGGUGAAGACGCCUGCACGCAUGUCACCCUGCGUGACCUCCAGCACUCCUCAUAAACAGACCGCUGAUGGAUUAAAGCCCAGCAGUGUCAAAAUUGCAUCUUUCUGGGCCACAAAAACUCCAGGACCAUUCGUUUUCACUGGUAACACAAGCAUUUCAACGCCUGGCACACACAAGAAGCCCAGUUUUGAUCUGAAGGCGAGUCUGUCGCGUCCCCUCAACUACAAGCCUCAUAAAGGUAAACUGAAGCCAUUUGGAGAGGUUCAAGAAAACACUGCCAUCAACAAGUCUGUUAUCUCAAAUACACACCAGGAAACUUACAAACAGCACAAAGUCCAGUCAAGGGAGGACCGGAGAGCAAAACAAACACAAAACCGGAAGCAGAAGAAGGAAAGUAUGCUUGGCGCAAGAAGAGGUCUCAUCAUGACAUAAAAAUAUUGUGACUGUUUGUAAACACUUGUACAGCCUGUUUUAGUGUAAAUAUUUUCCUGUCUGCAGUCUCUUAUAGUCCAUUAUAGCAGAGUAAAAAACGCUUACAUACGCCACAGCCUCUUAGAGGUUUAAUUAGUGCAUAAAAGGUUUUAGCUUUGAAUGAGCUUUUUUAUUUUAUUUUUUAAAGAAUAUUUUGAUGUGGUUUGUCCUGUUUUUUCUGCAUUCUUAAACUUGUGAUUAAAAUUGUCAUGUGCUUUAUUACUUUUUUGCUAGAGUGAAGGCACUCAUAAAAUAGACAUUGACCCAAAAUCUGCAAAGUCUGCUUUCUCGUUCUCUGCUUGUGAUGUUUAAUACUACAUUUUUAAAAUAAACAGACUGCUUGAAUCA